UCUUGCGCUCUUCCCCUCCUCCUCCCCUCGCUCUCUCUCUCUUUCUCGGUGAGAGGCCUUCAAAACCGUCGCCGGCCGAGCCAGCUUCGGAAGCCAGCAAGCCGAGCCCGAGCCGAUCCGUUCACCCCCUUUCUCCUCUCUCGUCGUCCGCAUUGGGCGCGCUAUUCCGAGCCGGCUCCAUGGACGCCGACUACUCCACCAACGGUGAUUCCAAGCACCACCACUUCGGGGGGAGCGCCUCGUACCAGGAUCAUGAUGUGUCGUCUUCGUCGGGAUGGAACUCGGCCCAGCAGAAGCGCAAACGUUGUCCGGUUGUUCCUCAUGAGGUCAUUCAAAUUGAUGGGGAUGAUAAUACAGAUUCAGUUGUGAUCAUCCAAGAAAGUAGUUCAGACUAUAAGAAUAAGCAAACUGUGGAAUAUGAUAUGGAUAGGCAAAAGGAAGUAAAGGGUGUUUAUUCCAAUGAACUUAUAGGUUCUAGUUCAAAUAGUUCAAACCUUGGUGUGCAAAAUGACAUUCUCAUGCAUACUGUGGCAUGCCCCGAGCUCAGCCUAGAAGAUUUUCCCUACAUGGAUGAAGAGGAGGAAUAUGACUAUGAUGAAGAUGAUGAAGACUAUGAAUAUGAUGCUGAGUUGAUUGAUAAUGAUUGUAACUAUAGUUUGGUUGCUAAGUUUGAUGAUUUGGAUCUACCUCCAGGGGUGGAGGCUUCGGUACCAUGGUUGCAAAAGUCCGAACCCGAAAGGCCAAUUGAUUUCAAGCUGAGGACACAGAUUGAAGAUGAAAUUGACAGCAAAUUUAAAUCAUUCAAGCAGUUCGAUACUGUUGGGGAUUACUCAGACCAUUAUUAUGCCAAUUCAUCUGCAUUGAAUAAGCCAUCAAAAGAUUGGACAAAGAGGAUUCAGCAUGAGUGGAAGGUCCUGGAGAAGGAUUUACCAGAGACGAUAUUUGUAAGAGUCUAUGAAGGUAGGAUGGAUCUGCUGAGGGCUGUUAUAAUAGGACCAGCGGGAACUCCUUAUCAUGAUGGCCUCUUCUUUUUUGACAUUCAGUUUCCUUCUACCUAUCCACAAUCACCCCCGGCUGUACACUAUCUUUCUGGUGGACUCCGACUUAAUCCAAACCUGUAUGCCUGUGGGAAGGUCUGCCUUAGCCUUUUGAACACCUGGUCUGGCAGCGGUUGUGAAAAGUGGAACCCGUCAAACUCGACCAUGCUGCAGGUCUUGGUCUCAAUUCAAGCUCUGGUUCUGAAUUCAAAGCCAUACUUCAAUGAACCAGGAUACUCUAGGACUGCUAACACGCCCCAGGGGGAGAGGAAUUCCUUGGCAUACAAUGAGGAAAUCUUCUUGCUGUCCUGCAAGACAAUGUUGUACUCUCUGCGGAGGCCUUUAAAGCAUUUCGAGGACUUUGUUGCAGGACAUUUCUGCAAGCAGGGACGUGUUAUCCUUGUCGCAUGCAGAGCUUACAUGGGCGGUGCUCAAGUUGGGUCUGUCAUUAAUGACGAGGUGCAAGAUGUUGAUGAGGAUGAUAAGACUCCGAUAACAAGAUUCAAAGUCACACUGAAGAAACUCUUUGAGGAACUUUUGAUGGAGUUCACUGUCAAAGGAGCUGAUUGUGAUGAAUUUCUUGCUCAGAAAGUCAAUGCUGGAGCAGUUGAUGUCGCUAAAGACUGUGAUACUACACUGAGGCUCUGAGUUAAAAUUCCAGUACCAAUGAAGCAAUUUUGCCUAGGUUACAGAUUUGACAGAGAUGAUUUCUUUUUUGAUUCAGAAUUGCUGCCCAGCAAAUUGCAGAAUAACUAUCUAUGGUCAAGGCUUUAGUUCAGUGCCUGAUACAGGAUGGGACGAGGAUCCUUCAUUCAAACUAAUAGAACCAUUGUAACCAAACUGAUAAGAGCGGCCAAAUCAGACCGUUUCUGUAUCUAGAAUUUGGAUCUAAAUGUUUCCUAUUUAUCCACUAGACGAUU